GAAUCUCUAACGGGUCCACUCGUAAAUGAUUCGUGUUAUGUGACUCCAUCAGUUUAUUCUGUACCUCGGUUAAGUUUCGAAAUUUUUGAGUCGAACGUAACGCAAAUGAAUACAUUGCAGCGCCGAGAACGUGAGAUACUUCAACAACUCGAAGCGCAAGAGGACAAUGCGGCUGAAAUCCAUCAGACCUUUUCGAAUUUACGACAAGAAGUUGAUGCAAAAACGAGGAAGUUGAAAAAAAUGUAUCUGCGAUUACAGCAGGUUAUUCGAUCUCAGUUGAUUUUAUGUUUGUAA